UAUUGAGCUCCAAAAAAACAGAGUAAAUGGCUAUCGCAUAUGUGAUAUGGGGCGUGAUCACUGCUAUCUCAGCCUUGAUUAUCAAACUAUCUCUCCACAUAAUCACUGGCAGACGGAACAGAAAGAGAGCCGUGGGGUUCUUCCACCCUUACACCAACGAUGGCGGCGGCGGAGAGCGAGUGCUUUGGUGCGCCGUCAAAGCCAUCCAAGAAGAGACUGCGGACCUUCACAUUGACUGCGUCGUCUACACCGGCGACCACGACGCCUCGCCUCACAGCUUGGCGGCUCGCGCUCUCGAUCGAUUCGGAGUCAACCUAAUUCAUCCUCCUAAGGUGGUGCAUCUAUGUAAAAGGAAGUGGGUUGAAGAAACCACUUACCCUCACUUCACUAUGAUUGGUCAAAGUCUGGGUUCAGUCUAUCUCUCAUGGGAAGCUUUGUGCAAGUUUACUCCAUUAUAUUAUUUUGACACUAGUGGAUAUGCUUUUACGUAUCCACUUGCACGGAUGUUUGGAUGCAAAGUUAUAUGUUAUACCCAUUACCCUACUAUCAGUUUAGACAUGAUAUCUCGUGUUCGUGAACGAAACUCAAUGUAUAACAAUGAUGCCUUGAUUGCACAAAGUAUUUGGCUAUCCCGGUGCAAAAUCCUCUAUUACACAAUUAUUAGCUGGAUGUAUGGAUUUGUAGGCUCUUGUGCACACCUUGCUAUGGUCAACUCUUCAUGGACUCAGUCUCAUAUUGAAAAGCUUUGGAGAAUUCCUUACCGAACUAAGCGAGUGUAUCCUCCUUGUGAUACUUCAGGACUGCAGGUUCUUCCUUUGGAAAGACCUUCUAAAACUCCAAUAAUUAUAUCCGUAGCUCAAUUUCGUCCAGAGAAGGCACACACUCUCCAACUUGAAGCCUUUUCAGUUGCUCUUAAAAAGUUAGACGCAGACUUGCCUAGACCUAAACUUCAAUUUGUGGGUAGUUGUCGAAACAAUUCAGAUGAGGAAAGACUGCAAAAUUUGAAAAAUAAAGCUAUUGAACUAAAGGUGGAUGGAGAUGUGGAAUUCUAUAAGAAUCUGAUGUACAGGGACUUGGUGAGACUUUUGGGUGGUGCUGUUGCAGGAAUCCACUCAAUGACAGAUGAACAUUUCGGCAUAAGUGUUGUUGAGUUUAUGGCUGCAGGCGCAAUUCCAAUUGCUCAUAAUUCUGCUGGCCCAAAGAUGGACAUUGUCUUAGAAGAAGAUGGACAGCAAACAGGAUUUCUUGCCUGCAGUGUGGAAGAAUAUGCAGAUGCCAUCCUGAAAAUUAUGAGGAUGUCUGAAUCUGAGAGGCUCGAGAUGGCUUCAGCUGCAAGGAGCCGAGCAGGCAGAUUUUCUGAGCAAAGAUUUUAUCAAGAUUUCAAAGCUGCAAUCCAGCCAAUUCUAAACCGUGGUUCCUAAUAAUGGACAAAUAACAAAUACAACGUGCUCUUAACUUAGAGAGUGUAACAUAUUGGACCCUUUAAAUUUUUGGCCUUUUAGUUGUAAUCCAGAUGAAGUAUUGUUGUCUAAAUGAUUCACAAUAAUUUUUUUUGAUGACAUAAGAGACCUUCACUUAGAUUA